AUGUAGCUUCGGCCUACGUAUACGCCACAAAAGGUGAAGCUCAGUGAAGGGCGCCACCCUUUCUCUUCCCUCUCGAUUCUCUCUUUUCCCCCUCAACCCACAAAGGGAAUCUCCGCAUAAAAAAUGUCUCUGUAGAGUUAAACCCACUUCCCACUGUGCUCACUGUAGCCAGUCCCAACUCCACCCUCUCCCUCAAAACCCAACGAGAGCCAAGAUCAACAAAUCUCGAUUUGAUCAGAUCAAUGAAGCCCCCCCUUCUUCUCUUUCUCCUCCUCGUCUACCCCGUCCUCAUCCAAUCCAAAUCAGCAUCUUACCCAGCUGCCGGAGCUAUUGUCAAGCAGCUGUCUUCAGUUCUUAAAUGGACUACUACAAGGGCUCCCCCCAAAACCCCCCAAAAUGACGGGGAUGUUCAUUCUCUUCAAUUUGAGAGUGGGUAUUUUGUGGAGACCCUUGUGGAGGGAGGAAAGCUUGGAUUUGUGCCUUACACGAUCAGGGUCUCGAGCGAAGGGGAAUUGUUUGCGGUGGAUUCGGAGAAUAAUAACGUCGUGAAGAUUACUCCGCCGCUGUCACAAUAUAGCAGAGCGAGAUUAGUUGCUGGGUCAUUUCAAGGAUACUCUGGGCAUGUUGAUGGUAAACCGAGUGAUGCUCGUUUUUAUCACCCAAAGGGAGUAACCACUGAUGACAAGGGAAAUGUCUAUGUAGCGGAUACAUCUAACUUGGCUAUUCGAAAAAUAGGAGAAUCAGGAGUGACAACUAUUGCAGGAGGGAAGUCAAGUAUUGCAGGGUAUAGAGAUGGCCCGAGUGAGGAUGCUAAAUUUUCCACUGACUUUGAUCUAGUGUAUAUUGGAAGUACUUGUUCUUUGCUAGUUGUUGAUAGGGGCAAUGCUGCUCUUCGUCAAAUUUCUCUUCAGCAAGAAGAUUGUGAUCAGCAGUUUAACUCAAUUUCAACUUUAGAUAUCAUGAUGGUCUUUGGUGCAGUGUUGGCUGGAUAUAUUUUCUGCCUGCUUCAACAUGGAUUUGGUUCUUGUCUCUCCCAAAGAGUGAAGCAAGCCUCUGAAAACAAAAAGCUUGAUCAUCACAAAAUCCCAGAGAAGCCAACUCUAGUUGUGGAAAGCCUAUCGGAAGAACCAAAUGCUGGUUGGCCAUCACUCAGUACUCUCCUCUCCGAUCUUUUCAAAUUCUCAGUGGAAGCAAUUGGCAACACACUCCUCAACUUUAUCCCUCAAAAUCCCAUAAAAUCAAAACAAGGCCUCACUCCUCUAAAGGAUAAUCUCAUAAUGCCUGAAGACCAAACAGAGCCACAAACUAUAGCAAAAAAGAAAAUAAGCCCUUCUCCCGUCACUGAGACUCUAAUUCAAGAAACACCACAAUUGAGGCAACACAAGAGCAAUAAACAACAGAAAUACAAGGAUUCUACGGUUUCAAGCAAGCAUAGAUCAUCAAAGAGGCAAGAGUACUCAGAAUUUUAUGGUCCAAGUGAAGGUGCUCAGUUGAGUUCUAAAGGGCAGAAAGAGAGAAGCAGGCAUAGGCAUCGAGAAAAAAGCGGAGAAGUUUAUUCAGCUGUUGGUGCUGAUCCUAAGAAUGCUGAGAUGAAAUCGGUUGAGUAUAGUGAUGCUAAGUUUGAUCAGUAUACUUUCAGGAACAAGUAUGGCGUAGAUAAUACAUAUCGGUAUUGAGUUUUGAAUGAUGUAUUGUUGCUUGUUAGACUGUGUUGUAUGAUGUUGUACUCUAAUAGGAUUUGGGAAAAUGUAUAAUGAUAUUAGGACUUGUGUUCCAAUGGAUUAUGUAAGAUUACUUCAUAUCUUUUCUUUUUAGAAUCUUUCUAAAUCAUGGUAUUUGCUAAUUUGUCUGGCAAAUUAUGAUGGAA